AUGCCCAUCAUCAGCAACGCCAACCAUGACUUCAGCAAUCUGUCUGUCAGCGAUGACAGCAGUCUGGACCGCAUCUUCACAGAGAUCCCUGAGACUGAGACCGUCAAGGUAUGAAACCCUUUCUUCAAAGUAUUCUUAUCUACAACCCAGAUAAGAAAAAAUUGGGAGACAUAUUAUACAAUGUUAUUUAUUAACAGAUUUUGAUGGUUUGUAAAUCAUGCAAACCCCAAAUUUCCUAAAAACAAAAAUAAAGAAUCCACAGAUUAUGUACCAGAUGUUGACUCUAAAAAGUGUUGUUUUAUGAAAAAUACUGCCAGUAACAUGUUGUACCAAAAGUUGAGACCGGGACAAUAAAAAUGAAAAAGGGAUGUGAUGCUAUAAUAAAAAAAAAAAAGAAAGAAAGAAAGAAAAAAGAAAACAUCUGGAGGAACACCUCUCAACUAAUUGGGUAAGUUUGCAACAGGCUAGAACCAUGACUAGAUAUAAAAAGAGGCUGAGAGACUAUGAAGCAAACCGUCAAAAUAAAGUUAAAAUUACAUUUCAAAGACUUUAAAGACUUCAUUUAAGAUAAAUAAUAUUUAAAAUUUAAACAAAUGUGGAGGAAUUUCUGUAAAAAGGGAAGAGGUCAAAGACCAAUACCCUAAUAUUUAACCUCAUAUGUGAUUCUGCAUUAACAACAGACACAACUCUAGUGGAAAUCAUUGAAAACCAUUGGCUGUGAACAGUUUGUUAUAACUGUGCCAUGCAAAGAGGGAACCAUAUUUAAACAUGAUUCAGACGCACAGGAAACUAAAAUGGACUGAAAAAAAAAAUGAAAACCAUCACUUAACUGAUCGGUGAAGGCUCCAUUAAUGCUGAAGAAUAUCUACAGGUUUAGGAGCAACAUCUGCUGCCAUCCAGACAAAGACUUUUUCAGGGAAGAUCUUCAUAUUUCAACAAGACAAUGACAAACCACAUUCUGACAACAGGGAUUACAACGGCAUGGCUCUGUAGUAGAAGAGUCCUGCUGAGAAACUGGUCUGCCUGCAAUCAUGACUUGUCACCCAUUAAAAACAUUUGGUGAUCGAUUAACCAAAAAAUUUAAAGAGACCCUGAAACUGUUGAGCAGAUAAGACAAGAAUGAGACAUAUGUAACUUUAAAAACUCAAGAAACUGACCUCCUCAGUUCUUAAACAUGAACAAAGUUGUGUUAAAGUUACUAAAAGGUUAUUUAGUUUCAAUAUUUCACAUCUUGUCUUAACACUCUUUUCAAUUCAUAAUUGCAUUUGCAAACCACCAACUUCUGCUUUCAUCAACAUUUUGGAAUUAGUGUUGUGUUAUGUAUGUCACGAAGUCAAGGACAUGUCUUGCAUUUACACAUUGUCCAAAUAUAAUACAACUCUUCCAUUGACCUUUCUAUUGUAUAUUCUCCAGGGUGUGUACUACAAGAGGGCUCAGUUCAUCCGUCGGCCAGAGGACCUGCUGUCCAUCGACCACGCCCUGCUAGCGUUGAUCAAUGUUGGGGGAAACCGCUACACCUUCCCCUGGAGUACCUUGGAGCAGUUCCCUCUCACACGACUUGGCCGUCUCUGUGGCUGCAGGUCACCCGAGGACAUCGCCAGAGUCUGUGACGACUAUGACGAAGCCCGUAAGGAGUUUUUCUUCGACCGCUCGCCAUCUGCCUUCAGGGUCAUUCUUAACUUCCUGGCAGCAGGUAAACUGCGCCUGCUGCGGGAGAUGUGUGUCCUUUCCCUGCAUGAUGAGCUGACCUACUGGGGUGUGGAAAUGGCGUACAUGGAGCGCUGCUGCAAAAGGAAGAUGUACACACGCAUUGAGGAGGUGCAUGAGCUGGAACGACGUGAAGAAGAGCGCAGGCAGAGAAACGCCAUGCAGCGUGUACCUGUGGAGGAGACGAGGUACAGGAAGGUGAUGAACUGGCUGAGAGACACGGUGGAGAAUCCACAGUCUGGCUUACCGGGGAAGAUCUUUGCCUGCAUGUCGGUGAUCAUGGUUGCAGUGACUGUUGUCAGCUUGUGUAUCAGCACCAUGCCAGACCUCAGAGAGGAGGAGGACAGGGUGAGUGAACCAGAGAGAGUGCAUGCUCUGAAUGUCUGCAGCAUGGGGCCAAACGAAUACUGUUUCAACUUAUCAAAAAUACCUACACCUGAACAGAGCUGAUCAGUUUAAGGUUUGAAGUUAUGCCUAAAGGUAUGGAGGCCCUGAAGAUCAACUGCACAAAUAUUUCAUGGCAGCAGAAAGCAAAAAAAAAAAAACACAUCUUAGUUUGAUAGUGAUUAAUCAAACCUAGAAAAUUUCACAAGAGGAGGAUAUUUCACAAAACAUGAAACAAUGGCUGCUUCAAAACCGCCCAUACUUUAUAGUAGUACGUUCUGAUUUUUCCAGAAUACAGUAUGCAGUACAUGUAGUAUAUAGUCUGCACCAGUGAUAGUGCAUAGUGUACACGUUUGUUUUUCUACUUUUUAGGCUUUUAAAUCCAUUAUUUACAUACACAUUUACAUAUUCAAUAUGACUAUUCCACUUGCCACUACUGCACCUGAUGGCUGGACCCUUCAGCUGUCUUGCCCAUUGACAGAUGUGUGUAUUGUAUUGUUGAGUGAAUGUGUGAAAUGUCUUGUCCUUUGCUGUGACCCGUGCAUUGCAAACUGAAUUGCCCCUUUGGGAUAAAUAAAGUGAUCUGAAUCUUAAUGUGAAUCAACAGGAGUACCGAACAAGUGGUUUGGAAAACAACCUAUUUUAUGAAAUAAUGAAGCGAUUUUAAGAAAGUAAAAUCCUAAACACUCAGCAAAUCUUAUGUGAACCCAGAAUUACAUAUUGGGGCUGUUGGAGCUUGAUAUGUCUUUAAAAAAUAUAACAAAACCCAAAAUUUUAUAAUUAGUCAAUAAUGUAACAAAAUGCUAAGUCCAAAAUGUAAUAAGUUUUUGGCCAAAAUGCAGCAUCUUGUUAGAUUGUUGACCAAUUACUACAUUUCGGGCUUUAUUGUAUUUUUUUUUUUUUAACAACAUUCCAGGUUGUUGUUACAUAUUAGGCUUUAACAGCCUCUUCCUGGGAAAUUUGAGUACAAAACAACCAAGAUAGAACAGUUAACUGACUAAAAGUAUGAUUCACACUCUGCAGGAAGGGAUUUUCUAUUCAGCAAAGUACUUUCACUUAAAAUACCACAUUAACGUAAAGCAUAGAUGUUUAAUAAGUUAAGUACAUUCCCUUCUUUCUUGAGUCUCUUUUCAUUGCAUAUUGGCUCUUUUUAUAUGUAUUUUGUGAAAAAGUUUCCUGCAUUUCAUAAUUAACUUUCUUUUGAGGAAAGGAAAAAUUUCCAUUCAGUUUGAAUUUUAUUUAUAUUUUCAGAGGUAGUGAAACGUCUCUGGCAUUCAUUGAAAUAUUUUUCACAGUCAUGAAAUAUGUGUGGAGUUGACCUUCAAGGCCACCAUACUUCAAAGACCCUGUCAGUCAAAGAUAGUAUAAUCUGGGUGAGAGAUGACUGCUGUCUCCUAUAGCCCUCCCCCUCAAUCAUACAGCGACUAACUUUCCCACAGCCUAAUGUGUCGAAGUGGAUGUUUAUUUAGCUGUGAGAUAGUGCAGAAUUUAAUCACUCAUGGUGUUUACAGUAUGUCUGAAUCUGUACGUGAGAAAAGGUACAAAUGUGUGAGAGUCUUGCUUUAUUCAUAUCUGAUCCAGAAAGGAAUUGUGAAGCUGCAAAAAGUCAGCCUUCAGUCGAGUCAUAUAUAAAAGCCCUUGUCGUCACACUCUCUUAAAUUUCCCUGUGGGCUGCUGCUGUGUGUGUGUGUCUUAGCCUUUCAUGUCCUGUGAUCUGUAUCUUCCCAUAGCAGCGUGGGAUAAUGAAGCCAGAGCUGCUCGCUGAGGCCUGUCCACUAUCUGUCAGUAAACACAGGGGGAAUAAUGAAAUGGGCUUACUGUAUUUCACACAAAAGACACAAAAAUGACAACUCUAGCAUUUCAAACAUACACACGUGUGUGCACUGGCAGUCACAUGCACAUGCAAAAAUAAUGAGCCCAUGCACUGUAACCGAUACGGCUCUCACUGAAUUUUGCACCCUUUAGCUCUCCAGUAUUACCUCCCUCUUAACUUAAAUUGAACUGCGGCGUGUCCUCUCUUUGGUUAUGAUCGGUUGCCCCUAAAUAAGAAAUGAGAUGCAUGUAUGUGAUCUCUGUGUGCGCAGUGACUGGUUGCUGCAGCAAACUCUCUGCAGCUGUUCAACAGCUGUUGAGAAGCCUUCAGCAGCAGCACCCCUGCAUUGAUUAUGAAAUGAGCAGUCACAAGUGGCAAAACGAUGGUGUGCAGGAGGGUGUGAUAGUGAAGAAUUCAGGAGGGGGAGGAGAGCGACAGUAGCAGAAUGCUUGAUGAGUUGUAAAAGCUGAAGAGAGGAUUUGAAGAGCCCUGCCAGGAGUCCAGCAGUCAGUAGAUAGUCAUAGGAGCACAGAUGGACAGGAUUGGAAAGAGUUGCUAGGUCUGAUUCAUUGAGUGCUGUAAACCUGCAGGACUCUGUGAUGGCUUUGGAGACCUUUUACAACAUAGGACAGGACAGAUCUAGAAGCAAUAGCUUAUAGGACAAAGAGCAAAAAGAUGCUGCUGAGGUGAUAUUGUUUAUCCCCUGACAGCAGUGGCAGGGUUAGCAACAAAAGAAUCACAGAACAGCAUUCAAGAAACAGCAGAGGUAGGGAGCAAAGUGUCCUGGAGGCAAAAAGAUUGUAUCUUCUGAUGUAUAGCCUCACAGUUUUCAGUUCUUAUGGGGGGAAACUGGAAAAGGAAACUUGGCUUUUCUUCUUGCAAAUCUCCCCGCACAGCUGCAGAGACUUUGGAGGUUCAUGAGAGAAAUCAAACCGUCCCCAGGAGUCGGUACAGUCCUCAGAGGUCUGCAAACUAUCCCAAACACCCUCCACAUCCAGCCUUCAAACACACACACACACACACACACACACACACACACACACACACAUACACACACACACACACACACACUGCACUCUCAAACACACUUAGUAACCAUUAUCACAUCAUAUCGACUCCUGGCAGCAGAGUGUUUCAGGAAAAACAAAGUUUUGUGAAACUUUAUACUGCUGUGUGUCUUGGUUUGCAGGUUUUGUAGGACAAAUUUAUGCCGUGUGAGAUUGCUGAGUGUGUGAGCGUGUGUUUGUAUCACUUUUUAGAGCUCUGUGAGGACACUGAGUUAUUGAAAGGAUAUCUUGUGUAUUUUUGUGUGUCUGUUUGUACAGUUGUGUCAAACAUGAUCAUGUCCAGUGAAGAAUGAAACAGCUGAAAGUCAAUCUGAGGUUAAAGUACAUAGACCUAUAUAAUACCAAAAAACGACUUUAGUAGAGUUGAAAAUCAGGAUUUCUUGAUGAAAGGUAAUAGUUAACUGCAGUAAAUUGAAUUUUUAAACUCCUGUAAGAAAAAUUCAGUUUGAGUCAAGUUUGGCGCCCCCUAUGGACAUAGUAGUCUAGUAACUUUAACAAAUAAUCUCCUCCCAUGCACCAACUUUUGAAAGUGAAAUGUUUCAAUUAUUGUGAAUAUUUUAUGUAGAAACUUUAGAAACAAGGCUGCUUCAGGCAUAAGAAAUUAGGAUAAAGAAAUCUUUAAUGUCAUUGCUGAUGAUCUUGUUUGCUUUCAGAUGUUAUAAAAAGGUAGUUUUAUAAAUUUCAGUCUAUUUCAUUCACAUAAAAACUCCUUAUAGAGGCUUUAACAACAAAUUUAAAUAUUUUGCAUGUCCAAACUUUUCUAAAUCCAUAUUGACUAUGUUAAGUAAUUACCAGUAACUAGCAAUUACCAAUAACCAGUGGAUUGAAUCAAAUGAACACAACUGUAUUUAUGGCCAUGACUUUCAAAUUUGUUGUUCAAAUAAUUGCGAACCUGUGAUCCAAAACCAGACUCUCACGGUAGGAGACGACUUCAGUGUUUAUUCUGUGAAAAACAUGUUUGUUUGUUUGCACAAAAGGAAAUGUGUGGGGAUGCACGUGCAGAGUAUCUAAUCAGUUUCAAUUUGGUUUACAGUUAUUCUGAGGUUUUAAUGACUCACUGAUAUCCAGUGAUUCCUGGUAAAUGCAACAAUACUUAAACCUUUCAAGGGUUUCUCUGUUUAAUUUUUGUCCUGUAUGCAUAAAAUUAUGGUCACCUAUGACAUGACAUGCAACACCAGGAAGCUCAUGGCGUCAAUGAGACUCAUGUCUCUCUCAGUGUUGACAGUCUGUACCCAGUUAUGGAGCCCUGCAGUCAGCUUAAUUGAUUUAGCUUCAUUGACAGGUCUGUAGGGACUCCAGUGCUCUGCAGACAGAUGAUGGUGCAGUUGCCUGCUGACUUCAAUCCGAUUAGCUACACCUGUAUGCUUAGCUUGUACAAGUGCAGGGUCAUUUUAUUGAAAUUAAAUGCAAUUUUUGUUUUACUUGUUAAAUUUGCGACCUGAAAACACAGGGUUGGUGUUUUUUCCAUAACAGCGGCAGCAAGAGAGUAGGCUCCUGUACAGCUUGCCGGAGUGGCAAAAGAGCCGUGCCACUUCAAAUAAAUUAAUCCAUUUUUGACCUCAUUAGCAUUGGGAUUAACGCAUUAAUGCCAGCAGCCCUAAUUAAAGGGAUUUUGGGGAUAUUUAAUCCACUCAGGAACUAAAAGUAAAGCAUAAGUAACUCUGCAUCAGGAAAAUUUAAAACUUUGAAUUCUGACAGUAAUACUCUAAAUUCUCUUAAAGUCAAGUCAUGUCUAUCUUAAGUGCUUUUUUGAUUUGAUAUAAGAAGUAUAAUAAGUGAAAUGAAUUGAUUUAGGUACCAAUAACAGUUUUAAAAGACAGCUAGAGUCUCAAACCCCACAUUCAAAACAGACAUCCUAUACACGUAAGAUAACUGUUAUAUGACACCACCAUUGAUGUUUUGAGAGGAUAUGCAGUGAAUCAAAGGGACAUUCGAGUGUGUGUGUGUGUGUGUGUGUGUGUGUGUGUGUGAGAUCAUCCAAGCAUCUCUUUGCAUGUCGAUGCUCCUUCUUGGAAUAAAGGGGCAGCUGCCCUCAAAAGUAAACAAAUCCAUCUGCCGCUCUCAUGUUUGUCUCCCAGCAUACUCCUGGGUUUCUCGCUCUUCUCGUGUGUUUGGCGACCGAACUCCAGCCGCAGUGUUGGGCUCAGCCUGGGCUCGAGCAGCAGAACCGCUGUCAUCUUUAAUUCACAUGGCCCUGCUGUUUGUCUCUGUCCCUGUCUGCUUUGUGCUGGAGAGGGCCAAAAUUCCCUCGUCCAAUCAUCAUUCACCCUGCUCCUCCGCCUGCCUCGGUUUGGGUCAGGAGUGUGAAAAGAAAGAUAAAGUAGGAGGAAGAUGGAUGAAGAGGACAAAUAAAGGAUAUGUGAGAGGAAGAGAUGGGAUGAGAGGUGGAGUUAAAAAUAUGCUGGAGGGAGUGAACCAAAAAAUGAGAAUGAAUGACGUGAGUUUCUGUGGGGUAAAAAGAAGAGAUAAACACGUUUUUCUUCUACCCUCUCUGCUGGUCUGCAUGUAAUGAGCCCUGCAUGUCCUCAGCUGAUCCCCUCUAUCAAACAGCACAUCACUAUGAACUAAAUGCUUUGGGAGGGGCCUUUAUCUCACAGCUCAGUUUCAGCUCCACUGAUAAUAACUGCUCUAUCGCUCCUCUGUCCUCUGUACAGACUCUGGAGCUCUCCUCUGUAAGAGUGCUCUUCUCUUUAUGCUAAAACACACUCUUCAAAUCUGGAGCCACUAUUAUUCCCUCAGGAUGUGUACACUUGCAGCGUUUUGACGGGAAGCACAGUCUCCCCUAAAGGGUUUCAGAAAUGCAAAUAGAUGCUUUAAACAUGGAUUCAAAAUUAAAAGUCAAAAUGCUCUCAGAUUUUAAAACCUACCCGAUCAUUUAAGUGUCCUUAGAGUUUCAGAGCUGCUGGUAUUUGAAGUUAAUGAGUUUUUUUUAAUUAUGAACAUACAGUAUGUGAACACAGUAUGUCACCAAUUAAAAUCUAAACCUAUUCUUGAGAGACCCUCGGAAAUCGACUGUGCCUCUGCAACAUGGAACUAUGUGGUAGUUAUAGACGCAUAAAUCCAUAAUCUGCAUUAAAAGCACAGUCUUAAACUUUUUCAAUUUUUAUAACUAUGUCGACUGGGAAUAUGCACUCGGCUAAAGAAACAAUGACUAUGCUCAGAAAUUUAGUUGCAUGAGUGAAUCUAAGUUUAACUUUCAAAUUAAAACAUUAAACUGAGGCCGUCAAAGUUAACGCAUCAGUGGCAUGUUAACGUAUUAACUGUAUUAUUGUAUUGACUGUUUUUAAACACAUGACUAAUGCUGACACAUUCUGUAAUCUUUAUUAUACAUCAUAUUUGUCUGUAACAUGGCCCCGCUGUAAAUGGUGUAACUGCAGUACCAACUAAUACCACUAGAUCUGAGUAUUUGGGGACUGUCCAGAUCCAAUCUUUCCAUAACCAAAGUAUCUAUGAUGAUUUUACGCAUUAGUUCAAGUGAAUUGGUGCUUAUUUCUGUUAAGAGCCAACAAUGUAAAACAAAGGGUGCCAUCUUUGUUUUGGUCAGAGGCUGUUCCCGGUAUCAGCUGACCUGACAAGGUCUAAUCAGAAGCCAGUAAAGCCUCAGCAGAACAGUGAUAAUAAAAUUAGCAACAAAGUGGAAUUUUUACUUUAGUUGUGAUACACGAGGUCUGUUUUUUGUGUUGAGCUGCAAUAAACAACAGAGGUGUUUAUUUAACUGGUACUAGUGUACAGUUGGACUGGUAUUACUGUGCCAUGAUACAGUCAGGUCAGUAUGAGCCUCUGUUGUUACUGUGUCGGCUUGACUUGGUCAUAUUUUGCCCUCUGCGUAUUUUUGGUGCAUACAGCACUUUUGAGGUUAUUCUGGAGACUUUUCCUUGACAGUAACAUACUGCUAAUUUUACUACUAACAAUAAUAAUAAUAAAAAAGAUAAUGUCAGUGCGAUUGCAAAAAGCAUGUGUAUUUGUCUACUUCCAUUAGGGCUGGGCAAUAAACCAAAAAUUUACAGAUACCGAAAUUUUCGACAAUAACUGAAGUCAUUUUGCCCAAAUCAGUAUAUUCAGUGUCAAAUAAAUAAAUAACAGUUAGUUUUGGAUGUGUGUAGGAAGGCUAUGGUCUCAUGUCCCUUUAAGACACUGUCCUACAUCAGAGAUAUGACUCCACCCCAUCCAGUCUGUAACAAAGAGGGAAAGACAGGUGAGGAGGUGGAGGACGGUUCAAAAGUUGGAGUGGCUGUAGUGGCGGCCGAAGUCAACAAAGUUAAUGUGGGAGGGGGUGAGCAGCUUGCGGAGUAGUUAUUGUCCAUUUAUCAUUAUCGAGGUGAACUGCUCAAUAUACUGUGAUAUUGAUUUGAGGCCAUAUCGCCCAGCCCUAACUCCUGUUUUUAAUCAGAGCAUUAAAAUCUCUACAAAUACCCCUCUGUCACAUCUCCAAUAAUGUGCGAUUAAUUGUGAGUUAACUAUGGGCUACCAUGCGAUUAAUCGUGAUCUUAAAAAGUAAUCAUUGGACAGCCCUAAUUAAAACUACAGGGAUGUGAAAAAUGUCUUUUCACCGAAUGAGCACUAAGAUGACCACAGCUGUAGGAAGUGAAGAAUCUGUGUCUGCUCUGAUACUCACCAUCCUCUAAGUCUUUCAGUGUUCACCUCUUUCGUGUCUUUGCUCUUCACCAUAAUCCGUCUCUGGUGGGUGCAUGUGUCUUUGCACAGAGCAGUGGACAUACAGAGUGGUCCAUGAGAAGAAUUUAAAUUUGUACUGCUGUCCUAACCCCGCACUGACCCCGAUAAUCUCUGGCAGGAGAGCAGCAGGGUUUGGAUGGGAGUGAGCAGAGAGUGUGCAAUUUUUAUCUUUCUCUGGGAGGCAGCAGGACUCAGCACACAUUGAUAACCUGCCCGAGUUUACAUCUUGUUUCUGUCUGAAUGUCAAACAUCCAAGAGUCUCGUUCCAUCUGCAAAUCCAGCUGAAUAAAACUUUUCAGGAAAGCUACUUUCCCUGCAUUAAUUUUCGUUGGUUUAAAGCAUAUACAUCAGAGCGUUUCACCCUCAUCGAGUGCCGCUCAGAUUCAUGUCUUUAAUAUUCUCGCUGGAUGAUGAAGUAUUUUCAGACAGCCUCAUCAGAUUUGCUCUCGUUUUCUUAACUCACUUGUAUUCUGGCCUGAGGAGUAACUGAAGUGGCUGUUUUAAAUCCUUAAUGCUAUAAAUUGGAGUGGGAUUUGCUGUUCGAUAAUUACCUCCCAAAGCAUCAAUCACACGUGUCCGGAGAAAGAGGAGCGCCAAGAGACACGGAGGAUAGCACACUGCAUGACUAAGGCUUCGGAUUGAGAGUUUUUACACGUUUUUCAGAUCGACUCUUCACUUCUCCUCCAGCAGAGACUUGUCAAUAGUCUCAUUGAAUGAUCAAACUAGUCUAGGGAAGCGAUUAUGGAGAGGACACAUGGCUGAGUGAUUUCUUAUUUCCAUUAGAGGAGAAGUAAAAGAAGAUGGAGUGGGGUGUAGUAGUGUGUCACGAGAAGAAAAGAUAAAGUUUUCUUUGUGUUUUAGGAAAAGAAUGGAGGAAAUAAAAGAGUCUGAAAGACACAAUGUAAGAGUGAAGGACAGAAACACUCAACCAGCUGAGAGGCCUCCUGUUUCUCCUUCUGGUCCCUUUUCUUCUCUCCCAGAGGAACUGUUGAAAGUUUAAAGACUGACUGAGAUGCUGCAACAUUACCUGUGCUCUGACAAGAGACAGCAGCACAAACUAUCUCCAAACACAUGCAGAUGCAUUUAUGGUAGUAUUAGUGGAUGUAUUAAAGCUAAUUUAAUAGAGAACAACUUCAUAAAUAGAGAAUGAUGGGCUGCCAGAAAUACAAAUAAGCUCAGGAGUUGCUUGCAUAAGAUGACUUGCUGUUAAAAUGUGCAAUGCAGCAAAAGUUCAGAGAGCUCAUAGGUAAAUAGGACUGUUCUUAUUUCUUCUCUAAUCAUCACAAAAGUCUGAAUACAUGAAUAACUUCUCAGCUAAUGUUCUCUCUGCAUCAUUAGAACAAAUGUAGUCCAAAUGUGUAUUUCUCAACAAACUGCAAAAACAACCUUGGUUGGUGUCAUUUCGCAUAAUUACUCGAAACAGAGUUUUGUUAUGUCAGUAUCAAACAGAGCACGAGGAGCGACAUGAUUCUCAUCGGCAGUCUUUUGCACAUCAUAAAUAUUCAAAGGUUCAUAGUGAUAUGUGGAAGUGUCGGUGGAUCUGCUUGACAUAGUGAAGAAAAGUUUCUAAGAUGGAUGACCUAUUCCUCUCAUUACCCAACUUAUAAACUAAUCACCGAACUGUGUCCAAUACUUGAUUCUGAUUGGACAAAACUGCCAAACAACCUAACCUUGAGGACAUUUUCGAUUCUGAAAAGGAAGAGCGACUCAAGAGACAACCGGAUCACACGCAUCAUAUCCAAUCGAUCCAUGGAAAGGACUUCUGUUGACACUAACGGAAACACUUUUGUACUUUCCUGGGGAAGUGGUGACAGUUACAGUUGAGGUGUGAAAACAGCCUGAGGACUGACUGGACCCCUGCUAUCUCGGAGAGGAAAAAGUAGAGCAACACCCUCUCCUGAAGACCCUCAGUUAAUUUUUGUACCUACUCGUUGCUGAGUUAAAAUCAGGAUUCUGUUCAGUGAACUGGUUGUAAAGCAUACCUGAACCUUGGACUGGGUGAUUAGGCAAAAAAAAAAAAAAUUGAUCACAAUAUAUUUUGUCGUAUUGACCGAUCUCGAUGAUUAUCACUAUUUUUUUUUAUAACUGCGAGUUUUAAAGCAACUGGACUAAAAACUAAAGAAAUUAGAUUAGUUCAACAUUUCAUUAACAAAGUGAAUAACAAAGCAAAUUGAAUAAGAUAAACUUAAAAAAUAUACAUAAAAAACAUUUUAAUUCAACAGAACAACAAAUGUAGAUAAAUACUAAAUAAUACUAGUAGACAACCAAAAUAGACAAAUCACCCCCUCAGAGAUAAUGAAGAUGCCUUAAAAUGUAAACAUUAUAUAAUGUAAACAUACAUGAUACAGUUGAUUGCUGCUUUGGUCUGUUGGCUGCACCACUAAUUGGGGCCAAGCUGUUAAUUCUACUUGUGCUAUCAGCAGUGACAGGCUGUGCAGACUCCGCUCGCGUUUUCAUUCUUUUCGCAUCAUCACUCAGGAAAUACAUCUUCAAAUGAUUAAACCGAUCUGUCGUGUUGCCGGUUUGUGAGGGCACUAACCGCUGACAUACUUUUCACAUCGGCUUAAUUGCUCGACAUCACUUUGGAGAUACCCAAACCACCAGAGAGAGACAGUCUAUACAUUCAGUUUAAUAAGCAUUAUCCCCAACUUUAAACAUCUUCAGGCUCAUGUCUGAUUUAUGUCAGAUACAUGCACAAAUUAACCCCUCUGUCUGCAUGUCUUCCUUAAGCUCGUUGAUAUAAACUGAAUGAUUACAAUUGUUGAAAAGUAUUUCACUAUAAAUGAGUAUUUAUGAGCCCUCAGAUCACAAACCCUCUCUGUAGUAUUGUACAACCAUUAUUAUGUUAGACCAUCUGUACCUGGUGUGAAUGAUCAGCAGAGCUGCAGUGAUGGAACAGAAACGUUACAACCUUGAAUAUCAAUGAGAGCAAAUCAGUGUCUGGGUGUCUGAGUGAAAUUUACAUUAAACUGUAAAGGUUAUCAGUUAAUAAUAGAAUCAGGAAGCUUUAGUCAUGAAUGUAAAACAUACCCAGGUUUUAAAGUGUUGGGGAGAAAACUUUAAAGCUGAUGGCUUCGAGGUAUGAGGCCCCGUAUUGAGUUUCUUCCUGCUAUUAAAAGAUAAGGGUCAGCCACUGACUCAGAUCUGCCUUUAAGACUUAAAAUAAUAGGUGAGGAAACUUGUGAAAGCUCAUUGCAAACACAGAAGCAAUUUGAAUGGCUUUGUAGCCAAAGAAAAGGCGGAGCAGCUUAAGAAAUCUGAAUCAAAUUCAUUUAAACCACAACAGAACAAUGAUCGAUGAAAUGAGUCACAAUGAUGUUAAAAUCGAACUGAAUAAGUUGUCAAAAUGAGAUUAAAUGAAACAAAAUGGAUGAAUUCAAGUUACAGAGAUAAUAGCAGUUCAGUAGUUACAAGUUUCCCCUGGAGAAAUAAAGAAUCGAAGUGUGGCAGCAAGUACAAUAAAUCAAAGAAGUAACCGAGUUUCAACCUCGACUUCUAAGUGAGGGUUCAUGCUCAGUUCAUAGCCUGAUUCAGAGUUCAGAUUAGGCACAAAACAUCAGGAAAAUAAGAAAACUGUGGGCCACAGUGGUGGGGAUCUUUGCAUGGAUUAAUCUGCUCCUCAGAUCUCAAACAGCCACAAAUUAAAAACAAAGUUUGUCCUCUUAUCUGGCAUUUUGCUGCAAUGUCCGGCUCCUCUUAGUCUUUUUGAAAAGAUCAAAGUUUUGGCUCUGAUUCAACCUCAGAGGCAGUUCUGCUUGUGCGUGACCAUCUCCGUUAACUCAACUGUGCAGAAUUGCAUUAUGUGGAUCAACAAAGCCAGUUUCCACAUUUAUUAUCUCUGAGGGCGAGUUGUGAUUUGGUAUCCAACAGUUUUUGACUGUCUGUACUUGGAAGCAUGAAUGAAUUUCGCCUGCAGCUCCACGCAGCACAGCCAACAUCCUGAUCUGCAACAAAAAAGGAAACAUUUGUGAAUUUUGUCUCUGGGUAAAACAGUCGUAGACUUCCACGGUUUAUGGUUUUAUUUGAGGUAAUUCAUUGCCACACUUGAAAUGUGAAGCACACUUAUGAAAGUAACAGGAGAUCCAAAGAACCAGCAGUGAGACUUUAGAGCCACUCAGUUAUUGUACUUUUGUGUAUGUUUCUCUGUGUGUGUGGAUUAUCUUUGUCUUUCUGUACACAGCUGAGCUCUGCUGAGCUGGAGGACAAAGCAUGAUCAUCAAUCAUGAGCCUGUUUGAGUGUGUAACAACUGCAGGACCAAAUUAAGAACCCAUUCCUCAUGUGUCACAUUAGUUUCUUCCUCUCCUCAUAAUUUCAGCCUCCACUAAAUGAACAUGAAUGGCGCAUAAAUUAGUGUCCAAGUGUGUAAACUCUGACAGUCAGUCAUAGCGACUAUAAGUCAAAGAAAGUAAACAAGAGUUUAGAUAUGCUGGUGGUUGGAGGGGAGAGGGAGAGGGAGAUGGAGAGGGGGAGUGGGAGAAAUAAAAAUAAAGCAGAUGCGGAAAAGAGCAGAGCGGAGUUUAGAGCCCUGGAAGCCUCUGAGGUGUUUAUAAUAUCGCUGACGCACAGACACAUACUGAGCCUGACAAAGUUGACCAUACAGCAACUGCAGCUACCUGAUUAUUAUUAUGGUUAUAUUUAACACUUGAUCCUGAUUGGUCAGUACGCUAUGUUCGCAGUCUCUUAUUUCCAGUGUUGCGCAUGAACACGAUGAAAUGAAAGAGUUCUUUGAAUGCCUCUUUGUUAUUGUGAAGUUUGAACUGAACUGCGAAACACUCAUAAUCAGAAACAUGAACAGAGUUUACUCCAAGGACAGUGGAUGACUGCUAUCAUCACAGAAGGAGUCUGUUUAAUGGUCAACUUCUAUCACUGCCCCAUCCCCCCAUUCUCUUCCUCGGCAGUCUUAUGAUACGCCUCCUCUGAUGCCACCCCUUUUAUUUCUCUGUGCAAUAACUGCAGCAUCAAGAACAGCAGCUUCAACUCAAUUAUAUCCGAUUUGGUUUCCUUGGAGAAAACAUAACAAGACCGGCAAUAUAAUGAGUAUGGACAUUGCAUGAAAUCUGCCACUAUGGCUUGUGUAUAGCACAGGCACAGCAUGGGGCUGAUGCAGCAGCCAGUGAGUCUCAAAGUAACACUAUUGUUACUGUGAUUGUGACUUUUUUGUGGCCACAACGAUCCUUAAUCUAAAAUCUGAUCUCCUCGACCAGACUUUUUCCACCUUGGCAUCUGAAACUGUGAGUGUACUAGACCAUUGUCAACAAAGGAAAUAUAAUGUAUAUGUGACUAUAGUGAGCAGGCUGUUGUAGACUGUUCUGUAAAGGCCUACUAAAACAACUUCUCCUUGGCUUUUAACACCCAGUAGGAGGUUGACUUUAUUUUAUUGAUUUUAUUGAUUGUGUUUGUUUUUAUUUGAUUUCACUGUAUUUUAUCUCAUUUUAUUUUGACCUUAUUUAUUGUGCUUCUGUUGUGUUAUUUAUUGUAUUUUAUAUCUUGCUGUGCAGCACUUUGGAAACCUUGCGUUUGCUUAAAUUGUGCUAUAUAAAUAAAACGUAUUGGAUUAGAUUGGAUGAAACCCAGUCACAGUCACUAGAACAUUAUACCUGAAUUAAAUUAUGUAUUGGGGGAAGGUCAGGCAACAUUAGUUCUCCUCAAUUAAAAAAUUAACAUACUGCUAUUGCACCUACAACAUCUUUCUCAGUCUUACAACCUCAAACUUUUCAUUGUAAACACUUCUUAUGCUAAUGGCUGGACUCAAAGCAUGAGCAGAGCAUCUUCAUGUACGCACAUGCACUGGUAAUUACUUGUGCAUGCGUAUGUGCUUGGUCCAUGUCUGCAGGCAUGUAUAUGCCCUGUAUGUCUGUAUCAGUGCGAAGCAGAUUUCAUGCCUAUUGCUGCCUGUCUGCUCAUGAGCUGUAUUCCCUCUGUGUCUGAUGUGCUACAUGGCUGCCAAGUGGGAUUAUGGAAAAGAACAGCAAAGUAUGAGGUGUUCAUCCUGUCCGUGCCAGGAUGGGGUUAUAAUGCACAACACAGCAUUAAACCAAUACAGCACAAUGCAGAGAGUAAAGUGGAGCAGCUUUGAUCUACACACCGAUCACUGACAACAUUAUGACCACAGACAGGUGAAUUUGAAGACAGAGAUUACCUCUUUACAAUGGCACCUGACAGCGUGUGAAUUAUGUUCAGCAGUGAGCAAAAACCCCUGUCCUUAGUGUUUAUGUGUGGGAGCUGGAAAAAAUGGGAGAGUGUAAAGGUGUGAGCAGCUAUAAAUACAGCCAAAUUAUGAUGGCUGUGACUGGGUCAGAGCAUCUCCAAAAGUGCAGCUCUUCUGUGGUGUUUCUGGUAGGGAGCCGAAAGUAGUCCAAAGAAGGAGAACUGUUGAACGAACACUGAGGCAAUAAGAAGUAAAGACUCAGUAUUGACUGUGGGGAGCUGAGGAUGAGCUGUGAGGUCCAACAAAGAAGUUACUAGGAGUCGAACUGCUGAAAAAACUUAAUGCUUGGUCUGAGUGUUUGAGUGAGGGGCUGCAUUAAAAUUAUAUCAGGUGGACUUUGAUUGCAGAUGAACCCUGGAUGAGGAGGUGAUGGCUGUAUGACAUGUUUCAGGUCCCAAGACUGACAUUGCACCUCCUGAAAUGUGGCUGUUUCAUUUGCACACAUUGGGACUUUUAUUUAUGGACAUGCUAAGAGGCUGUGCAAAAAUAUCAAAACAAAUUCUUUGGCAAAACCACCACCAACAACAAAUUAAACCCUCUAGGUCAAAAUAGAAACAGGCAUUAAAAAUAACGUGCCAGAAAUGUAGUCAAUAGCACCACUGUCCCAAUCUUCAGAAAUAAACUUUCAUAAGUCUCAGCAGUUUUGUGAUUUUUUUCAUUUAUAAAACUAAUUUUUAUGCAUGUGAACAGAAUUACACCUAAAAUAAUCUGUACAUGUGUAAAUAAGCAAAGUAGUGGAAUCAGAUCCAGAAGUGUAGAGAAGUUUGGUGCAAAUCAGGACAUCGAAUGGUUUUGAAAGAAAGCUAACUCUGUUCCAUGUUGGAUAAUAAGAAGGCGAGGUUCAUCUGGAGGCCAUUAGUUCCAUUAAUGGUCUCAUAACCAGUUUAAAAAAACACCUUCUGUUUUGGAAGACUGUUCGUUAUAAGACUGUUACAUAAAGGUGAAUUGUGCAACAAAGCUGAUAAGCCUCCUCUUUGGACUCUUUGGCACAACAUGGUCUUGUCGUCAGCAGUGCCAAUUUGUUCAUCCAUGUUGACCAAAGUCUGGCCAGAUUUGGUUUAACCAGCAAGUAAACAGCAGACACAUUCUCAACAGACAAUCUGGCAGUACAUUCUGGCAGUAGGACUUAACGAUUUUGGAGAAUAAUCUAAUUGCAAUUUUUUUUUUCUCAAUAUUGUGAUUGCCGUUUGUAAUGCAAUUAUUUUUUCAAGGCCCUCUUCUAAUGUAUUUUUCAAUAAACACAAAGAACAAAUCAAUCUGUAUUACAGUAAACAAUAUCAGAUUUAUUAAACAUAAAUUGUUCUUUCUGGCGAUAAUAGUUUCAUACAAACACACACAGGUUCUCUCUCUGCGCACACACUAUUGCGUACACACAUGCACACGUCAUCAUGUACGUCAUGAUAUUCAUCUACAUACUGAUGGCGAGAUGUAAUUGUUGCCCAAAACACCGGAGUCAGGUCUAUUCAUUCAGCUGUGCUGCCGUCACUGUAUUGGAUGUGUUUUCCGUCGUUAUGCCAACGUGGUUUGAAGUUAAAGUGCUGGUCACUGGUGUUUUAGCCAUUCAACUAUCUUACAUGGCUUUGUUGUGUUUUUUAAAGUGUUGAUAAAGGUUCUUAGUUUUACCUCCUGAUGUAGCAACAGUGGCAUGGCAGGUUCUGCACAUGUUGCCAAGGAACAUCUUUUUUGCCAAAAUAAAUCCACACAACUGCUCCUCUGUGGUACUAAACUUUCUGCAGUGUCAGCUUCUGUAGUGGAAUUAGGCCAUUGUGCAACAGAGUCCUGUGUUGACUUCUCUCUACACCUGCUCUGCUUCACUAGCAAGUCAUGUGACCAGAUCACGUGACCAGUCAAGAUCGCAGCCUUCAGAGUUAGAAAAUUGCAUUUUAUCAUACCACAAAGUAAUCGCAAAUGCCAGUAAUCAUUCAGUCCUAACUCUGGCACUAAUUAAGGAUGAGGAGCAGCUGUGGAGGUAGCAGAUUUGGGGUGUUUAAUAAUGAGCCAUACGAUGCAUCACAGAGCAGCAGACUGAGGAUGAUAUGUAAGCAAAGACAGGAAGCGCUAAAGGAACGAGAAAAAUCUGAAGGUAGAGGGGUUUGAAGGAAAGAGGACAUGGCAUCACAAACAAACACACCAGUUUUUCCCUCUCAAGUCAUGCACACAGAGGUUGUCCUUUUUGCCCUUUCUGAUCCCACAACACAUCAAAAUGCACCUCAGACUUCUUCAGACUGCAGCUUCACCCUAUAACUGAGGUCAAACACAACCUUUGCAACUCACAUCUCUUCAUGCAGCCUGCAGAGCCUGACAGACUUAUUGGUUUGUGUGUGUGCGCAUGUCUGUCUUUGUGUGUGUUCUGACUUUAUGAUGUGCUUAUUGAUGCAAAAUAAAUAAAUAAAAAUAAAGAGGAACUUUCAGUGUACUGCAAUAGAUUUAAAAACUAAAAUAAGAUGAAUAGAUAAUUAUCACUUAUGUGUUAUGCUGAUUUAAGCAUAUAGCUCCUUUGCUUUGAUACUUGAGUCUGCAGUAUUAGAACCACGCCGAUGAUUUCCCUUGAUCAGAUUUUAAAAAAGCUAAACGCACUCAUAUAUACAACUUAAGUGACUAAACUGCUGUUGCAGCAUUUUGCAGUAAAAAGCAGAGGCUUUGAUAUAUUGUAAAGUGUGUAUGUUUGUUUGUACUUCUUUGUGAUGGUGCAUUAACGGUGGCCUUAAAACUUUAUCAGGUUAUUUCAAUGAAUUUAGGAUGUGGCUGGGGCAACACAGCAGGCAGCUCGAUAUUGUUCACUCUCAGUUAUUGUAUUUUUAUGAUUGUAGGGGGCCAGAGUUAUUAACAAGAUUUUAGAUUUUGUUUAUUGUGAGUUUUCUUGUUUGUCACUCCCAUCUAAUAGACACUACAACAACUCUGAGAGAAAUUGGAGCCUCAUUGUUCUGUAUGCUGUAUCAGCCUCAUUCUGAUUGUGUGUGUGCGUGUGUGCGCAGCAUCCUGACAGACCAAAGUAAAGACUUAUGGUGCAUGACGGACAACCAAAAUGCUUCAGAUGUCACCUCGUCUUUCCCUCAUAAACUCUCUCUCUCUCUCUCUCUCUCUCUCUCUCACUCUCUCUCUCUCCUCCCCUCUGCACCACCUAACACCCUUCUCUCCCCUUCCAUCCUUCCUUUUCUCUCAUCUCCUUUGUUCCAUCUAUUCAUCCUCCCCUCAUUCCCUUGUUCAUUUUCCUCCAUUAGGCUGUUUGAACAUGAACAAGCUUUUGGUCUUCUGUCAGUGAUAGGAUGUUUGGCAGCUUUUCCAGCAGCUUCAUAUGGAUAUAAAACUGCCUGACUCUGCUUUCAUACUCUGGCUCCUUGUUUUGGUGCUCGGUGGUUUGCACUUGCAUGUCAUUAAAGUCAGGGGGCUGGGAGUCUCAGGAGACUGGAUGGCUAUUUGUUGCUCUUUCAUCAUAAUGCACAGCAAGGAUUUCUAAAAAUAAAAGAGUCCAUGCAGGGUGGAGACCUCACUCAACCAACGUGUGAAUAAAUACUCUUAUAUGAGGAUCAAAACAUCCGGAGUCAUUUCUGUAAGUUUCAAUCAAUCGAUGUCCAAAGUCAAACCAGAUUUCACCAGCAAAUGAACUCCUGCUAUGAACACAGUCACGCACAAAGAUGGCAAAUUUAAGAUCUCAAACUGUAACUAGUGUGGCUACAAUGAUUUUAUCACAGUGCAUCAUAGGCACCUACAAAAAUCAACCAAAAGACCUGGGUUCCGUUUCACGAAGGUGGUUCAACAAACUCUGAUUCAAAUCCUUAACUCUGAGUUGAUCUACUCUGAGAUAGGAAACUCUGAGUUUCCGGUUUCACAACACCUGAUUUGAGUCAGUUUUAGCAACUCUGAGUAGUUUGACCUGGAGUUAAGCACGUGCACGCCAGACAUAAACAGCCAGCAUCUGUGGAGCCCAGAUUCAUUGAUCAACCAAUGGAAACAGGGAGAAGGAGGGGGCAGCAGCAAGCCAACGGCGAAUUACAGCACGUUUUUAAAAGAAAGUGCAAUACAGCAGCAGCUGCAAAGGAGAGGGAGAGGGCAUGGGAGGAAAUCGCUGCUCGCGUCAAUGCGUAACUUUAAAUCUAGUCUUGUGCAAUCACAAUGACAGACUGUUGCAGGGGAAACUGCUUGCAUGGAGCAAAUUAAUUUAUUUUAUGUAGGUGCAAUCCAGCGGGUCAAAAAUGCACUUGGCAGCAGCUGAAAAUUAAAUUUAAAAACAUUGUGCAAACAGGUGAGACAUUGGCAUUUUCUCAUGUUUUACAUUGUCAAGUAAGUAUUAAGUGGCAGUUUGAUCCCUUAAAAAAUGCUCUUUUCACACUCAAAAAUGAAUUUUACUCUCUUAUUAUGUUCUGUUAAAUGAUUCGGAAUAUUAAACUAACUCUCAGUAUGUAUAUGUACAUAUAUUAAACUAACACACACUACACUCAAUAUUAGACUUUCACUCAGCAAACAGAAAGAGGGCAGAUGCCAGAAAAACGGGUGAUUUCGGGGUUAACAGACUCUGAGUUUCCAUUAAACCUGCUACAUGAAACGGACCCCUGAGCUACAUUCAAUCCCACUCCCCAGGAAUCAUAGUCUGUUUCCCUCCAGUGUCUGUUGAUCCCAUCAGAUAUCUGGGGGUCUUUCUGCCUUUAGAGCUGAACCAUCACAGCUUCAAACCAUCACAGCUGCAUUGCCUGUGCCAGAGUAGUCUUCUUUUCCUUAUUUUAAAGCUCUCUCCUUUUCAAUGUCUUAACUUUCUUGUCACAGGACCUGUUAUGUGCCAAAUAUCUAAAUGUUAAAUGAAAUAUAAAACAUGUAAAAAUUUCAUCUUUUUGAGACUUAACUCUAAUCAUUAAUUCCCGUCAACUUUUCAAGCCUACAAAGACCAGCUUAUCAAAUAAAGAGCAAAAUAGUAGAAACUAGAAAAGUCACUCUGGGAAAUUUUGAAAGUGCCACAAAAACUACUGCCAGGGUGUGUAAAUUAUUAGGGGAUUCUUAAGAGAUGUCACAUAGUUAAUACUAUUGAAACUACUGUAAUAUUAUAUACAAGGAGCACACCACAAACAUUCUUUAACUACAGUGAUUGCCCCCCCCCCUCCCCAUUUUUUUGCUUGUCCCAUUGACUUAACUGCAAAUUUUUUCCACAGUUUUUUGUGACUUACGUAACGAAAAUUCAUAUAAAAUAGAUAAUAAGAGCACACCGUUCCCAAUUAAAACACACAUAUUGAUAUAUAAUUUGUCCUACAACUGUUUAAGCUGUUGAACUAAUAGCAAAUCAAAAUUUGUCCAGAAGAGGAAUAAGAAAAAAUCCACAGUAUAACAAUAAUGCUUCGGGGCCUUCUGUAAGGUCUGUAGCAUCUCGAUUGUAAAGGAGCCAGUGCCUUGGUGUGUUUACCCUGUGGCCCUAAUUAGGAUUCUAGUUGAGAGUCAGCUUUUUAUCGUUAAUCAAAUUGCUCUGAAAAUGAUUUAAUGAUGCAGUGAUUUCAGAGCAGUCCCUGAUUAGUGAAUUGGUCUCAGCUGUGGGCCUGGCCUGAGGCUCACAGGUUGCUACGACGAUAGACGCACCGCAGGCUGAGGCAGCCAAACGUCCAGAAAAAUAGCGACUUUGUCUCAGCGCUGUUCUUAGAUUUGGGUUUAUUCUGACAAAACAGUAGCUCAUAUCAGAAAAAAAGCAAACCCUGGUCAUCACAAGAACUUCCUGAACACUUUGAUAUGAUUUUGGUGUUUUUACAGUAAUUAGUUUGGACAUACUUGCAAGUUGUAUACAGGAGUCCCUUCUGCCUCACUCAGAAAAUCUUUGUAUUAGCGUCAAUGAAGAGCAGAAAGAGACAUUGCCACACUUAGAGGCUCAGUAUUUAAAUUCUGUAAGUCUCUCUGCUUAGAUGAACACAUGGUUGGAGACAGAACAAGUGUGUCUGCAACUGUGGAAAAACUAUGCAUGUAGAGUGUCAUUUGUGGCUGGGAGGAGAGUGAAAAGAGAAAAGUUUCAGGCAAUUUCAUGCAACUUCUCUCACUCUAGCCGAUAAUGUCAACCAAUCUAUCGCAAAAAUUUUACACGACACACUCCCAUUAUAAUCUCAGAAUUUCUCCAAAAUUGACCAUGGUCAUUGAACAGUGAAUGAUCAAAAACCUGUUGAGACUUGGAUUAAUACUCCAAAAGACAAGGUGUCUACAUUUUAAAGUUUAAAACUCUUUUUUUUUUUUUUUGUUGUUGAUUUCAAUGCUAAAUUUUUCCAUAGUUUUUCCAUAACCCAUAAAGAAAAGUAAUAGCACACCAUUCUGAUGUUCGAAAGAUAAGUUGUUCUACAACUCUUCAAGCUGUAGGACUGAAUAGAAAUUUGGAGGAAUAAGGAGGAAUAAAAAAAGAAACCCACAGUAUAAGAGUAGUACCUUGGUGCAUUUGCCCCGUGACCAAAACUAGGUCUUGGACAUUCAGACCUGUUCUCAGCCUGGACAUUUUAUGACUCUUCUGUAGUGUGUGUGUGUGUGUGUGUGUGUGUGUGUGUGUGUGUGUGUGUGUGUGUGUGUGUGUGUGUGUGUGUGUGUGUGUGUGAAAGUGGGAGACAGAGGGAAGAGACGGACAGACUGACAGAGAGGGAAAGGGCAGAAGAGAUCGAUGACAGUGGUCUGAUAAAGUCUUUUAUAGGUGCUUGUGUGAAAAAUGUCACCCAUUUGUUUCAGCCGCUCAGACAGAGUUGAGAUUCUGUGACAUUAUACGAUGCAAUGAUCAAAAAAAGACGGUUUUCACAGCUUUACUAUAAAACAGCCUCAUACCCUCUGAAUGUGUGUGCUUAAGACCCGUAAAACAUAUGAAAUAAAGUAUUCAGUUUUUUAGUGGUCAUGCUGUAAAAAAUCCACUAAGUGUCAUUUUAAGGUCGCAACAUAACCGUUUGCUCGCUCUACCAUGUGUGCAUUAGUGCAUACAUGAAGCUUUGAGGUCACGAGGGGGAACCAGCCUGAUGAUGAAUGGACGUGUCACUUGAUACAAGCUUGUUAAUAACCCAUGACUGCUGAACCCAGUGCUUGAUGUGCAGGGCUCCAGUUUAAGGCGUUCAACCACACCCACAUCAUUCUUCCUCCAUGUCUCUCUGUCUCUGUCAAUGCCGUCCAACCCCUCUCCUCCUUUCUUUUCUUUAAGCUUGUAAAAGUAAGUGAAGGUCAGAGCAGAAGCAGAGAGAAACAGCGUUCAGUGGUGCAAAGUGUGGCCAAGCUGAAGCUGAGUGACGGGUAGGAUUGUUCCUUCAGCGAAAUAUGAUGAAUUAGAUAGGAUCACCGCAGAAGCUUUUCCUCCUGACUGAAAGACAGGCUCCAGAAAGGAGGAGCUGCAGAGCGGGAGAUAUACAGUACCGUGAAAGAAGCGGGGAAUGAAAUUAAAAGCUGGAGCAAAACACUGGAGAGCAGUCCUAAGCAUGAUAAUGAAAUUUUAAACACAGUCUAUAGCGCGCAUAUCUACAUCUCUGUAACAUACAUGGAACUGGAGGAGGGUGCAUAAGGGAGGCGUCGUCCUAAUUACAGACUGAAGAGGGAGGUUUAUCUGAUCCACAAGUAAGAGGAAAAAAGACAUUCAUAAUUCAGCAAUAUAGAAGCUUUCUCGUGUUGGACAAUAAAGAAACACAUUUACACUUCAAACCCCGCCGGCCUGCUGUUGGAGCAUCCAGCAGCUGCUCUGAGAUGGGUCACUAACAGAGGAGAGAUGGGGGACUGUCUACAGCAAUGUGAAACUCAACAGACUGCAGGAGUGAUGUUUGCAUAUUAGACUGAGCUCAUUUUAACCCCACAUAAGUUAAAAAAAAACACAUUAUUUUCUGCCUUCUGCAAAGGAAGAUAAAUUCAUUGUUUUGUCAUUCAUGUUUAACUUCUAGGCUGGUGAAAACUGUUUGCGUGUUCAGUGUGUAAAAGAGAUUCAAACCAUAUUGCUCCAAUUUUGGUUCUUUCACCAUCUGUCCAGUCAUUAACACUAACGCUGGCAUCAGUGUAACACCCUGAAAAUGAUAUUAUGCAAUAAAAUCCCAGAUGUUUAAUCAGAGACUGAAAAGCAACCAAUUAAACUGCAGAGCCAAACCUGCCAGCAGUUAUGAGGCUCAUUCGGUGGGAUGAAACGGAAAUAUGGCUCCAUAUUCCCAGACAUCAGAUUAAACAUCACCAUCUCUGAAAAGAAAAAUACACGACUAUCUGUAUAAAUGUCAGUGACUCAUUUUCUCUCCCGUAAUUGCCAAAAUGUCAAAGCAUUCCAAAUUUUACAUCAAUGUAAACAAAGAUUUUGGUCUGUACUUUUUAUUUAUCACAACAAAAGUACUGCACAACAAAUGGCAUUAAAGGCCACAUCGGGGCUAGGCCAUAUGUGAAAAAGUUGAUCACUAUAUUUUUUUUCAAAUCAAUCGAUAUCAAUAUAUAACAUGAUAUAAAAAUGAAAUUUAGUGCGUAUUGGUAUAAUUUCUUUUGUAGUACAAUAAGCGACUGCAUCUGUGAGGUCUUUGUGUCUCUUUGACGUUUCGUUGUGUGGCUCUGCACUAGAGAAAGCGGACUGAAUAAUCGUCUGUUUCAGCUGCACAGGCACCAUGGGCUCCUUGCGCCGCUCGGGGUUUGUAACCUUUUGCAUUGCGUGUGCUCUGCAGCGUAACACCACUUCAGGUGGUGAGAACAUGUACUUGACAUAAUUUGCAGUGCACAUUACUCUGCUUCAUGUCUGAUCUCAAAAAAACCAAAUACCUCCACACCACCGACGUUUUUGUGCCAGUUUUGUCGACGAUAUCAUCAUCUGUUGAGCCUUUGUCAGCAUUUCUGCCGGGGGUAGCACUCUUUUUCUUUUGUCUCACCGAUAGUGCUGCCUGCUACUACACAGUUGUUUGCUACUUGGUUCUAAUUCAACACAUGAUUGGUUCAGCGUGAAGCGGACCCGGAGCAACUCCCCUAUUCAUUGGCUAUUCAUAUAGUCUACCAAAACAUGGCAGAAUGCCAACUAUCGAAAAGCAUAUGGACCAUGUUUUAUAUUGAUAUUGAGGGAAAUUAAUUUUUGAAAUGUAUCAUUGUCGUUUUAUUGCCCAGCACUAGGCCACAUAUAUAAACAAUGUCUCCACAUGCUGUGAAUAACACUGGCAGGAGAUGUGACCUACCACUGGGUUAUCAGCUCUGCAGUAAUAAAACAGAGGUGUGAAAAUGGACAUCUGUAAACUGCUUGUAUCACUGCAGACUUUUUGAAAAUGCAUGAGAGGUCCACAUGAGUAAUUUCUUCAUUAUUGUCCGCAGAGCGGUGACUUGAUAUCACAGAGUAAAUAACAGUGGUAGCCCAUGGGUAAAGAUAACUUGAGGGGAAAAAAGGAUGUAGCCUCCUAAUACAGUACAGUAGUCCCUCCAAAUGCUUCUAUUCCCAGCAUGCCUUGUACAGUGAUUGCUUUUUCUCUGCAGUCUUUUUCUUAAUUUGACAUUGAGAUGUGUUAAUGCAGAUGAUAAUGUGAAGCAUGGCGUGAGACAGCUGCUGGGUUGGUGUUGAAAUGAGCUGUCACUGACUUGGCUCCGGAGAGAGUCACACAGAGGAGAUAAGGUCAGGGAGAUAGCGGGUAUUGUGGGAGGUAUUGUGGGUGUGAGUGUGUGUAUUACUGUGUGUGUGUGUUUGAAAGACAAAAGUGGAGGCUCCUCGCUGUAACAAAUGGCCUAUCAUGCAGAGGGCGAGAACGGUGUCACAAAGCCCUGAUGGACCUAAUGUCAGCUCAUGAGAGAGAAGAGAAAGAGAGGGAACAAAUGAGAGGCAGAGCGUGCAUGUGGGAGAAAGAACAUGUGACCUGUGGGGAAGAAGUUUCUGCAAGGCUGCUGCUACACGACACUGCAGGAAACAACACUAGAAAGACAUGAACAAUACAAGUAAGCGCAAGCAGCAGAGGUGAAGAGGUGAAGAGGUAAAUGCUUCAUGCGAAGCCAAGGUCGAUAAUGUACAGCUGUUGUCGACUUCACGUGGUACAAGUAAUGAAUGGGUUUUUCAAUCUGCUCUUCUCCUCUUGAAAAAGUCAUUCAUCCAGAUUCAGAAGAAGACAUACGUACAGACCACAACAAGUAACUUAGACAUGGAGCAGUUCAUCAGUUUAGAGUUGGGAGAGACUCAGAAACUAUUUGGCAAAAGCUGGUUUAUCAAAAGAUAAUUUUGCUCCUAAACUGUUUGGAUUGUUGCCUUUCUGAUGAGCAUUUCAUUGAUCUGUAUGUAGAGCAGCAUAGUGUGAAAAUCCAUCGUAUGCAGUUAAGGUGAUGAAGAGGCUGCAAUAAAACUCUGACAGGAAUCUCAGAUUUCAUUAACAAUGCUAUAAGAAUGAAGAAAUAUUACUUAUAAACCUUCAUUUGUCUACAAUUUAUAAGUAUAAUUAAGCGUGUUCAUGAGAGGACUGGUGUUUACUUGAAACUAACUCUGACCCAGUGUUUGAGUGACACAACUGAUUUUGGAGCCAGGCUGAAUUUUGCCUUCGUCACGCAUUUGUUUGUUGUGCAGAGUAGAAGGGGCCCUAAAGUAGAUCACAAUCUCAUCACUUACUCAAGACAAAUGGGAUUAUUUUCUGGCAUGUCAGAAAUCUUAGUCGGCGAACUGCACAACCUUGCACAGUGACGGCUGAACCACAAGAAGAUUCCAGAAACUUUGGCCUUUUUUUUUUAGAUUGUGUCCGUGUAAAGUGGUGGACAGAAUCUGAGGGGUCCACAGUAACAUGUUACAUGACAUAGACAACUAAAAUCAUAAUCACAAUGUAGAAACUUCCUCAUUUUGUUCUUUUGUUGUCAAGUCAGAAAAAUGAUAAUUAUACUUUACAUUUAAUGUUGAAGUCUUCUUCUCUAACUUUUUUCCUUUUUUAUGCUCUGUUAUCUUCUGAUUAUGAUUUAUUAUCACAUUAUCUCAACAUCUUUUCUCAUGCUAACGAAUGAAUUAAUAAUGUGUCCGCCAUUAUUACUGUUGUUGUCUAAAUCGCCCAUGGCAGUUAAAUAUUCCUAUGUUGAAGGUGUUGAUUCGCAAAGUGGAGCGUGACGUCAGCGUUUUCAUAAAUAACCGGGCUUGCUGUUGAUGCCAGGGGCUGCAGUGUUUCAGAAAUAUCCCACCCUGGAAGGCGUUUUUAGAAGUUACCAUUUUAUGUCGACUAAAACACCAUUUAUGUUAUUAGAGAAAACAAUCAUUGUUAUGUCGAGACGACAGUGCAUUAAAAAUAAGGGAAAUCCAUGGCCGUCUUCCAUACUGACUCAAACUUGAGCAUGUGUAAAACUUUAUUGGCAAUAAUCCUUGACACAAACUGCAUGAACUCUUAGAUUCUGCUUGAAAAGUGGACUGUACAGUGUGAGUGUCUACUCUGUGAGCCUUAGUCAUGCAGAAUUAACAAUACAGUCCUUAAACAUGAGUCCACUUUCGCCACAUUUAUGAUGCUGAACAGUGUAUGGCUCAUAAAAAUAAACUCUACAAAGCCAAAAUGUGAAAUUGCUGCAAAAAAGGAAGUGAACCCAAAAAUGUCAGACUCACUGUGUCUCAUUUUCUGCCAACUUGUUCUUCUUGAGAAAAUAAGCAUGUUCACAUGGUUGGUUGUCAAUCAGGGGGGAAUCACAAUCAGUCCUGCAGUAUGAAACACACUCAGGAAGACCUGAUGUUGCAAGUAUGCAGAGGUACUGGUGUGUGAUAGUCUGAAAAAUCUCUCUGUAUUGACUUUCCACCAGCCUGGCAGCUUCAUUUCCAGAAAUGUAGAGCUGUGCCACAAAAAGUUCUCAACCUCUGUGUCAUGGCAUGUGGCAGGUGUUAGGUAUUGUACAUAGCUACCCAAAAGAUGAGCCAAUUUUGAGACCUGGUGUACGGCUGCAGACCCAGGCUGAGCGUCCCCUCUGUGUCACUCCCUUGGCCAGCAAAUUGGUUUGUAGCAUACUUCAUUACACCACCACACAGAUAGCUAAAUCUAACAGGAGAUCAGAUGUUGUCGGGGCACCUGGUGCAAGUUUGCCACACCAUUUUUAUAAGGUGUGUUCAUGAGACAGUUUGAAGGGGGAACAACAGGCAAAUAUAAAGACGCUGUCAUGGCUGCUGCACACCUUAUAAAAGAUGGAUGAAGAAUAUAUAAGAACACGUACAGGCCAAGGCUAUGGCUCUCCACAACCUGUGUCCUUGGUUAGAGAAUGAAAACAUUGUGGGGAGAAUUCCAACACAAAGUGUCAUUUACAAUUCAGUAACAACAGCGAGUAUCUGUGCAGCAUAACAUCUUACGCAGAGAGAUACCACUCCACAGGAACAAAGUGAAAGGCUAAAAGUCACUCUGGGACACAAGAAGAAGCGGAGAGAGAAGGAAAGAGGGAUGCCAGUGAUGGAUGAGAGCAGCAGGAAUGGGGCACGUGUGUGAGGGAUGCAUCAAGCAUAGAGAAACACUGGAGGGAGUUGUGUUUCACUUAGAUGAGCUGUGAAUGAAUGAAGCAGAAAGAGAGUGAAGUGAGGGGCAAGCAGAGGAUGAGGGAUGAGAGGGAGGGAGUGCGACGAGGGUGAUGGAGGAGGAAAGAGAAUGAGUGAUGAGGAGGUGGAGAUAGAGGCAGGAGAAGAAAGAGGGUGGAGGAGAAAGGAAAUAGAUGAGGCACACAGUGGCAAGAGAUGAAUGCAGGGAGGGAGCAAGCGAUGAGAAAAUGAGGAGAGGCUGGUGAGAGAGGAGGCUGAGAGAGCAUGCAAGUAGUGACCAUCAGGAUUAUAUAAAAGCAGUUGUGGUUUUAUAUACAGAGAUGUGGAUGUUUUAUAGUAAACAGGAUAGAAAUUACAGCUUUAAUAAAUGGCCAACAUGUCAGCAAUAGUGUGAAAUAAGCAGGUUACUAUUGCACAUUGGAACUAGGGGUGGGUAUUGGCAAGGACCUCACGAUACGAUACAUAUCACGAUACAAUUCGAUAUGAUACAACACGAUACGAUACAACACGAUACGAUAUGAUAUGAUAUGAUACAAUACGAUACGGCUGUAUAUUAGCGAGGACCUCAUGAUACAAGACAUAUCACAAUAUAGCAAUAAAAUAUGGUAUUUAACAUUUUUAAAGAGUCAAAAAUACAAGUUGCUGUAAAUGAGGAUACUGAUCUAAAAACAAACUGAGUCAAAACUUUGUUUCAAACAACAAAUACCAUUUUGUUUGACUGCAUAAGUGCUGCAUGUUACUGAACAGUAUAAAAAGUAUAUGGAAAAUUAAGUGAAAAACAAAGUACACAGGAGGGUGGGAAUCACCAGUGGUCCCACAAUACAAUAUCAUCACAAUACUUGGGCCAUGAUACAAUAUAUCGCAAUUUAUAUAUUUUUUUCAACUGUUUAGCUAAUUUAGCAUUUUUCUUUCCUUUAUGUUUGUCUUAUUUACACCGUAUUUCGUUUUUAUGUAACAUAUCUUGCAAACCUUGCGUGUAAGGUUCAUCUCAUUUGCGCUCUGUUUGCAUUCCUAAUGUCUUUCCCAAGGUGCUGCUAUAUUUGUUUUACCAACAUUCUCCUGCUCUAUGAUGUCACCUCUGCCAACCUCACUGGAAAAACAGUUUUUUUUAUUUUUCCAUUAUCAUAGAUUUGUCUAAGAAAGCCACCAACUCACUUUACAUGAAUGCACUAGUAACCCAACUUCCAGAUUAAGAAGUAAAUGACAAUGAGUAUUUCGAGGGUGGCUGCUAAAUGCAUCUGUUCGAGGGCGAAAGUGAAGAGUAGAUGUUGGGCACAAAAGAAAAUGUGUGGAUUAAGAAUUUUAAAAAGUAAAAGCUUGACAAAAGGAAGGUCAUAGUUAUCAUGCAUCUUAGGAGCUUCUUGAUGCAGUCUCUCACCCAACCUCUUCACAUCUUUAGAUCUGAGAGACUCAGCUGCUCUGAAAUGUCUUUUUUAUGCCUAGUAAUAUUACUAACCUGCCUAAAUGUAACCCAGUAGUCAGGUGUUUUUUCUUUUAUCAUUUCAACAACUUUUUUUAAGUUUUUCACCAUUCCUGCUCAAACUUUUUUGUAACAUGUUGCUGGCAUCAAGCUUAAAAUUAGCAUACAUAUUUCCUUUUUUCAGCUGUAACAUUUAAUUUUUAAUUUUAGAUUUGCAAGCAAUCAAAGUCUUUUUUUUUUUUUUAAUCCAGUGUUUCAUUCAGCACCCCAACCUUUGGGGUUAGAAAUACACAGCAGCAGUAGCAGGAUGGAGCAGCACUGUCAGUGUGAGCACGUCUGAGUGUGUACAUUUCCCCACUGUGAGUUUACACAUCAUGCUUUUUGUGCAUCUGUAUUCCUCCAGAGAAAUCAACAUUAUGCUGCUGUGGGGUUCAGUGUAAAAAUGCUAAAGCCUUGCGCUUAUGCAGCUUCAUGAAAGUGCUUUAGUGCCAUCUAUAUUCCUAACAGCCUGUAGGUAAAUGUAUCGGAAUGACAUUAAGUACUUUUGGACCUUCUCCAAAUAUUUCCACGGAUGCAAUUAAGGUAUCCAACCAUCUUCAACUGACAUCCAUUACUACAAAUCAUUUUUACUUGUUUGUAGAAGACAAAGCACACAAGACUUGAACUUCACUCUGAUUUUUUUCCAUUACUGUGUAAUGUCUUCCUUCUUGGCCUCUCUGUGGUAGCAGCUUUGACUUUGUCGCUCCAGUAAUGGAACAAAAACUUUUGCCUUGGGCUGCUGAUUGACUAGUUAACAUGUUAAGUUGACUUGAGCCUGAAAAGAAUAAAUGCAGAGAUGAAAUCUAGCCCUUGAACAUAUGUAUGAUUUGGGUGGACUGCCUGUACCAAAUAAAUAAAGUUGUUUGAAUCUGAGAGUAGUGACUGUUAGAUUAACUUCAACUAAUGCCAUUUAAAAAAAAAUGUUGAUGUUGGAAUAUAAUGCAACUUCUCAACAAAGUGAUUUAAGAAUGUGAGGUAAAAGAGUGAAAAUAAGAGUCAUUUGUCCAGACGUGGUGGCCUCUGAGACUUGCUGUUCUGGCUCUGCACUGCACUAAUAAAUUGUGUCUGAUCUUGCAUCGCUCUUGCUUGAUAUUGUAGUUCGAGGGCAUGCAGACCUGAUUGCUUUCUGUCACCGUUCCCACCAAGUGUCAAAUGAUCUCUGAAACCCUGCCUAAUAAAAUAGUUGAUUGAUCGUGUCAGUGUAUCAUCCAUGAGUGCUGCUGCAGGAGCUUUAGCAUCCUGACUGACUUGAGCUCAUGUUUUAUUAAUGACCACAGAGGGUGAUUAUCUGACCGCAGGAUUUUUGUCUUCUCUCCAUCUCUCCAUGCCUUCUAUCCCAUCUGUCAAACUCCUGCUCCUCUCAUCCUCACUCCCUCUCCCUCUCCCCUUCCUCCCUCCCUCUGUCUCUUUGCCUCUCCUACCCCCCCCCCCCCCAGGGCGAGUGUUCCUCCAAGUGCUACAACAUGUUCAUCAUAGAGACAGUGUGUGUGGCCUGGUUCUCCCUCGAGUUCCUCCUGCGCUUCAUCCAGGCACGCAGCAAACUGGACUUCCUCCGUGGGCCGCUCAACAUCAUCGAUGCCAUGGCCAUCCUUCCCUACUACGUUUCCCUGGUGGUGACGGAGGAGGACCCAGACCAGGACCAUGAGAGGCCAGGAGGUGGUAAGGGCUACUUGGACAAGCUGGGUCUGGUGUUGAGGAUUCUGCGGGCGCUGAGGAUCCUCUACGUGAUGCGGCUGGCUCGCCACUCUCUGGGCUUGCAGACACUGGGGCUGACAGUAAGGCGCAGCACCCGGGAGUUCGGCCUCCUCCUGCUGUUCCUCUGCGUGGCUGUCACCCUCUUCUCACCUCUGGUCCACUUGGCUGAGAGCGAGCUCACGGGUGCCCAUGACUUCAGCAGCAUCCCCGCCUCCUACUGGUGGGCGAUUAUCUCUAUGACGACAGUGGGCUACGGCGAUAUGGUGCCUAGAUCCAUUCCAGGACAGGUUGUAGCGCUGAGCAGCAUCCUCAGUGGGAUCCUCAUAAUGGCCUUCCCUGCUACCUCCAUCUUCCACAUGUUCUCCCGCUCCUACCAAGAGCUCAAGAUGGAGCAUGACCGACUGUUCAAAGAGGAGUGUGCAGCUGCUGCUGCGGCGGCCGCUGCCGCAAAUGGCGAGCAGGAGGUGGGAGUAGAAGGGGAAGGGGGGGGCUUAUCUGUGCCUGGACAGGGACUACGCCUGGAUAAGGACAGUGUUCACUCUCUGGAGUCCCUGGCUCUUUUAGGGAAAGGUGAAGAAGCUGCAGGAAAUAACAAUCACAACCUGCCACCUUCAGCUUUCUGA